GAUGGACUUCUUUCGAUGUGGCUCAAAAGGUCCUUAAAGGCUUCCAUUUAGUUAGAAAUCCAAUCUAUUUCGUCAAUUAUAAAAAAUUUAUAAGAAACCCUUUAUUAGGUAUUACUCAGAAUAAAUAAAAGAAAUGAAUCAAAUAGUCACCAGGUUCACUGCGCUGACGUUGGUGCCAAGUGUAUGGAACCCCAACUAAGCGUAAAUAAAGGAGACCAAUUUCAAACAUCAACCGCCAAUUCUCUCUCAAAAUGUCUGAUAGAUUUGGUCAGCAAAUAUCGCUCUUUCGCUCCCAAAUUGAACACAGAAGAUUUGGUGAUGGAACUCUACGAAUUCUCGAAUCGAUUAUGGUUUCCAAAGAUGUGAAAUCGUUACUGGAAGUCCGAUCGAGCUUGAGAGAUUUCAUGAGGCGCGAAUCUCUCCGCAUUCUCCAUGAAAUCACAGAGAAAACUGUUGAGCACAAGCUUCAGAUUCUCGAUUUUUUCGUUCGCGCUUUCGCUCUCGCCGGUGAUGUCGAGAGUUGCUUGGCUUUGAGAUACGAGGCCUUAACUCUGCGGGAACUUAAGUCUGCAACUAAUCAGUGGCUACAAGUUUCGUACAGAGAAUGGAUGACCUUUGCUGAACAUUCGCUAGAUAAUGGUUACUAUUCCAUUGCUAGAAAGGCAUGUGAAAAUGCACUCUCAUGCUUCCAGAUGAAUGGUGUGAUUUACCCUGGAACAGAAGAGUUCUUUGAACAUGAUCAAGUUAUUGACAAAAUUAAGAGUCUAAAGGAUUUUGCCGUGGCAUCUGAUGCUUCACGAUCUGUUCAGGCGCAGGCAGCAGAGUACUUGGAAAAGAAAACAGUGGAGAAUAGCACAAAACAGCAGAGUAAAGCUACACCAUGGUCAGCAAGCACUCUGUUCAGAAAUGGAGUUAAGAUGCGUAAUAUUCGAAAAUUCCAAGAACACCAACUCAUGCCGCAGAUUACAAGUGAACCAAAUGCCACAAAAUAUUGAGGAAUAAUUUGUCUAAGCAAAGUGUUGUGUUGGAAUGGAUAGGUGCUAUGUGGACGUUGUAAGAGUUGCUCACAAGGUUAGCAAACAGUGAAGAUUUUUGACGGUGACAACUCAAAUGGUAAUCAUACAUCACAUGUCCAAUACAAUUUGUACGCUGUUCAUACACAGGGUUGGGGUAUUCCUUUUAGAUUGGACUCCAUGCCAGAAACCUACUUGAUUUCGUUAUUAAAUUUUCUCAGAAGUUUUAUAUAGGUCACAAAAUGAAUGUAUUUACUGAGUCUUCGAAGGGAAUGGUGUUCUUCUAGGUGGGCAUAGAGAAUGGAAAGGUAUGUUGUUCAUACACAGGGUUGGGGUAUUCCUUUUAGAUUGGACUCUAUGCCAGAAACCUACUUUGAUUUCGUUAUUAAAUUUUCUCAGAAGUUUUAUAUAGGUCACAAAAUGAAUGUAUUUACUGAGUCCUCGAAGGGAAUGGUGUUCUUUUAGGUGGGCAUAGAGAAUGGAAAGGUUGCCUUGGACUGGGCUUGAGCACUGAAUUUGGUGGUGCUGUGUUGGUCCACUCUGAUCCCACUCUUUUAAGGUAAUUUACAUUACUAUUGAUCAGCCAUUAUCAGGCUGGCUGGCCUGAAUAUCUAGGGUCCAGAUUUAGUCCUACCUACUAACCUAAAGGACAUACCCAACUCCAACUAUGAUUUAGUCCUACAUGUGCUUUAUGUACUACAAUACUAAAUGCUACAAGAGGCAUAGGGAAUCUGUAUUAAAUUCCAAGUAAAAAAAAAAAAAUGUUACAUCUGCAGAAACAGAUUAGCAUAAGCCUCAUCCAUGCAAUCACAUGCCGAUUGCAUGUGCAUGCUUACCCUAAUCAUCUUCCUAGCCAUUGCCAUGGACACGCGCCAUGCGCCGCUAGUUUCAUCCUAGGGUUCACCUCAUCUAACAACAGACAGUCCCCACGUGAUCGAUGCUUGAGGUAGCAUUCCUCUUUUCUUCCCUAAUGGAGUCUAGACUAGUAUAUUUUUAGAUAGAAAUCUCUGCAUUGAAAAUCCAAGGCCACUCUGUUCGAGUAAUUGUACCUCAGGUAAGUAAGUUGCCCUUAAAACCUCAUACAAGAGAUUAUUGUCUAAAAUGGCUUCAAGUCUCCACCAUUUUAGAAUUUGAAAACCAUGCAUGUCCCAAAAAUCGAAUCUUCCAUAUCACCAAGCGCAUUUAAUGUCUGCGUUGGAGUUGUCAUGUUUUAUUUUCUCCAAGAUAAGGAAAGAUGUCUGUUUUUCUCAUACUUUAUUCAUUAGUUUAUAAAACAUAGUUUAAAAAAUUUUACAAGGUUCUCAUCCUGUCUACACCGUCUCUUCUUCCUAGAGCCUAGGGGUUUGAAACUUCAAACUGAAACAGAAACCUACGCGUUUUGUGAGGUAAUAUAGUUUGAAAUUCAACUGUGAGAGGUCCCAUUAUUCUUAAAUAAAUAAUAAGAGAGAAAUAAAGCAAAGACUUGGUUUAUAAGACAAGUGCGUAUAAAAAAAACAUAUAUAAGAUUGUGAUGACAACUAGGGAAAGAGAGCUGUUUUUUUCCUCGGAAUGGAAGAUUAGAAGCUUGGAAUCAUGUGGGAACAUUAAAUGCAAGAAAGGAAUCUGUCUUAGGGCUCUACAACUUCUACUAAUUUAAUGGGAUUUAUUCAGAAAUCUCUUGUUAUAGAUAAGUUCGAGCCGAUUGAAUAUAGGUUUCGCAUUCAUCAUAUGACAUGCAAACGCAAUGUUUGUUGAAAUUAGUAUUGUCAUUUUUUUGAGGACCGUGAGAUCGUAAGACUUUCUCUCAAGUACGUUUAAUUUUGAUCUGAGGGCUAUUAGUGGCUAGCAGCGGUUAAGAUUGAAUGGGUCCCAUGGUAAUUCCCCACUUCAUUAUUUUAUCUUAUUAUUAUUUUUUUACUUUGAUAAAAAUCACACUUAGACUUGGAACUGUUUUCCUUCUCUGAAAUAAAAAUAUAUAUAUAUUUGGGCUAUAUUUUAUUCAAUUAGUAUACAUUGUAAGGUCCACAGAUAUAGUAAAUAAUGACUUUUUUUUUCUUCAUGUUUUGCAUUUCAAAUUAUUUGUAGAUAAUCACAAAGAAAAUGCAUGUCAUCUCACUCUAACAUUCGUAGUAAUAAAAGGAGCACUGUUUAAAUUCAUGAAA